GUUUUGUACAAAUUGCGUGCUUGUUCUUACCUCCUUUGCAUAUAACUUGUUAUCUAGAGUAUAUUUUCGAUAAUUUUUAAUCGAAAUAAUCAACAACGAUCAAAUAUGGAAUCAGUCGACCCGAGCAAGACGGAUUUUGAGUUGAUGCGCGAUAGUAAAAAGCGCAAGCUACCGUGGUGGAAAACCCCAAACGCACCGAUCAUAUGUAAGCGGAUUGUGAAGAACCUGCUGAGGCGCAUGUAUGCGGCCGCCCGUGAAGACAUCGAGCUGCGCAAGCAACACAAGCAGGUAACGAAGAAGUUGGCGCUGCUGAACGAAUUUCUGGACGCACUGCGGAAGCGCUACCUCCACCCAACCCUACUGGACAGGGGCGUACUGAGUGUGAUAGAGCUGUGGCUAAAGCCGGCUGCAAAUGGAGAACUUACCAACAGCCAGAUAACGCGCGGACUGCUGCGAUCGAUGCUCGAGCUGUCCGGCGUUACGCGCACGCAUUUGGAGCGGUGCAAAGUGGUGGAGGUUGUGUUUGCGCUGCAAAAUCGCCGGGAUGAAAUGCACGACAACCAGCGGAUGGCAAGCGAGCUAAUUCAUCGGUGGGCACGGUUGCGCACUUCGAAAUGUUCGUUAGUGACACCAGGAAAGGCAUCAGUGCGCGCUCCCGAUAUUGAUGCCCGUACCGAACCGAAAGUUGCCCCACAGCUCGACAGCUUUCAUCAGUCACCCAGACUUUUGUGCACGGAUAGUUAGUACAGCGUCGAUCCAGCCGGUAACCGUCGUUGCACACUUGCCUCCUUCUCACACCAAAGCUCUAUCAUUCAUGCGCAAACUUUCUCAAUUUGAUACCGAAAGGAUGAAAAUAUCAAAGCAAAAUUUGGUGCGGUUUGGUGCGGCACUGCUGCCCUCGAUCCCAUGGAUCGAAAACGUCACUAAAGGAAGGCAAACCACCAGCACGAGCGUACAUCAGGAGCAUGGAAAAUGUAAUCAUAAAAGAUUAAGUGAAGCACAAACUUUGUCUCUUCAACCCGGGGCGAUGCUGCCGACAACCCAGCCCGACUUACACAGCCCGCACCACAGGUUUCCGAUUCAAUCCGGGAAGCCGCCAUAAUCGUGUCAUACAGGUUAAAACGAUCGAUCGGCACUGAACCGGCACUGGCACGAUGAUGGUACGAUGCCUUCUUGUGGUCAGACUUAUUAUUCUUUUUUUUUUUUUUGA